AAAUAGAAUAGAAAAAAAUAAUAAUAAAAACAUAAAAUGCAUCGGUGGAAUUGUUUGCUGAUUUUGUGUACAUUUUAUAAACUUAGCAAUGCCAUUGCCCUACCCGUUGACUUGCCCAAAUGUAAUUGUAUACCCGUGAAAGAGUGCGAACCAAUCGCAUACUUGCUCUUGAAUCACAGGCCGCAGGAAGCAGACAUAAUCUACAAAAUUGUGCAGAGUGCCGGUUGUGGUUAUGCCGGUCUUGAGCCGCUUGUCUGCUGCCCCGCCACUUAUGCUAACCACAAAGCAACGACGCGCGUGCAUGCAACAGAAAUCGAUACAUUCGCUAGAACAGAUCCCGACGCGUGGGUGUGGGACAGUGCCCCAUUGCCCACACGCUUUGAUACAUUCACAGAAAAGUUGAUGACAGCCAGCUCAAUGGAUAGCAGAUCAACCAAAGGCAGAUCAAAAAUUUUGUACGAAGAAACGGAUAUAUUUGAUUUUAAGGAUCCAAAGACGCAACGAAAUUUUCCACAUUCUUUCAAUGAAGAAUCUGUUGAAUUCCAUAAAAAUUAUGAAGAUAAUGCACAGCGCGAUUGUGGUAAGGAUAGGCAAAAACAGUUCAAGCCUAUAACGGAUGUGCAAUGGCAUCCCAUUGGCGGGCAUAAAUCUUUUUCGCAUCACCAGCUCGAUCAAGGACACGGACAUGUUAGCAUACACGAUAAUGACCAUUUCGAUGAAGAUGAAUAUCCUCGCAUAAUUUUUAGACCCUUAAAUGAUGGCGCUAUUGUAUAUCCAGACGAUAGACGUUUAAAUCGCCCACUAAAGUUUCCGAUGCAGCGACCGACGUCGACAACGACAACGACCACAAGUACGACAACUACUACAACAACAACGACCUCAACAACAAAGAAGCCGUCCAUCACACCAACGGAACAGUCCAAAGUCAACACAGCGCGUUGUGGCAUAGCGGAAGUCGACGCUGCAAGUGGUGAACGCGUAUAUCCAUGGAUAUCACGAAUAGCUUAUAUUAACAAAACAAAUAAUUUUAUUAGCUAUCGUUGUUCUGGUUCCGUUGUAAGUCAAUCGCACAUCCUGACAGCUGCACACUGCGUCGUUAACCUAGUGAACGAUCUGCGAAUCUCUCACGUGCGCAUCGGUGGUGUGGCACUUUCCACUAAUUGCACGGCCAGCACUAAUUUUAGCAACUGCUUCAUCGCUUCACGCACUUUUCAAAUCGCCGAAGUGCGCGUGCAUCCCAGCUAUGAUCAACCUAAGUACGCCAAUGAUAUUGCAUUGGUAAAAAUCGUCGGCGAAGCGAAUGACUACACACCAAUUUGCUUACCUCCAAAUCUGUCUGCUUCUGUACGAGAUCAGCUUAUAGGCAGCACGGGAAUUGCACUCGGUUGGACAGCGGAUAUUGAAGGCAAUGAAACAAGUAGCCCAAGAGUACGUUACCUCAGCUUACCAAUAGUGAAUACAACUGAGUGCGCUAUCACCUAUGCGACAUUCAGUGAGAACUUCAAUGAUCCUAUAGUGAUUACACCAUCACAGUUAUGUGCGCAGGGUGGGCCAAUGAAUGAUGUCUGCCGAGGUGACAGUGGUGGCCCGUUUAUGGAUGAGGGCUCUUCCGGUCUAAUAAAUUCAAGUGGGCGUCACUCUUUAUUGGGUAUUGUAGCUUUUGGACCAACUAAAUGUGGAAUGUCUAAUAUACCUGGAGUUUACACGCGCGUCAGUUCCUAUUUGGGAUGGAUUAUAGAAAGUAUCAGCUUAAGUUAGCGUUAAUUUAAAUAUAAGCCCCAAAUAUCAUAUAUGUAUGUACUUG